AUGAAGGAUCCGGUGGAGGAUCAAGUGAAAUCUAAUAGUAGGGUUCUGCAGAAAUCCACAAACCUUAGAAGAAAGGGUACAAGAAGAAGCCAAUGCAAAUCAGAUAAAUUACAGGAUACAAUACUUGAUUCAGAACUUGGUUCUUCUGCUUCUUGCAAAAGUCUUGUGUUUCCUACGAGGCCUGGUUAUGGCCAGGUGGGGACAAAGUGUCUGGUCAAAGCUAAUCACUUCCUUGCAGAUAUAUCAGCAUCCAACUUGAGCCAUUACAGUGUUAAAAUAACACCUGAAGUUACUUUUCGUAAAACAAGCAAAGCUAUCGUAGCUGAGUUAGUGAGGCUUCAUAGGAACACUGACUUGGGGAUGAGGCUCCCUGUUUAUGAUGGAGGAAGAAAUCUUUACACUGCUGGUUUGCUUCCUUUUGCGUACAAAGAAUUCACCAUAAUAUUGAGGGAGUAUGAUGAGGGUACCGGUAGUACUAGGGAAAGAGAAUUUGAAGUGGCAAUCAGGUUUGCAGCUCGUGUUAGCAUGCAUCAAUUGCGUCAACUUCUCAGUGGGAAACAAGUGGACACCCCACAAGAAGCGCUUAGUGUCAUUGACAUUGUAUUGAGGGAGCUUGCGGCCCAGAGCUACGUAUCCAUUGGGAGGUUUCUCUAUUCUCCGGAUUUAAGAAAACCACAGCAGCUUGGUGGUGGCUUGGAAUCAUGGCGUGGCUUCUACCAGAGUAUAAGGCCUACUCAGAUGGGAUUGUCUCUUAAUAUUGACAUGUCAUCAAUGGCGUUUAUUGAACCACUCCCAGUAAUUGACUUUGUUGCUCAAAUUUUGGGGAAGGAUGUGCAAUCAAAGCCAUUGUCAGAUGCAGAUCGUGUCAAGAUUAAGAAAGCCUUAAGAGGUGUGAAAGUUGAAGUUACACAUAGAGGAAGUUUUCGAAGGAAGUACCGGAUAUCAGGAUUGACAUCACAGCCUACAAGAGAACUUAAUUUCCCUCUUGAUGACAAAAUGAACAUGAAAUCAGUAGUCGAUUACUUUCAAGAAGUGUAUGGAUAUACAAUCAUAUAUUCUCACCUACCCUGCCUUCAAGUAGGAAGCCAAAAGAAGGUGAACUAUUUGCCCUUGGAGGCAUGCAAAAUCGUUGGGGGUCAGAGAUAUACAAAAGGGCUAAACGAAAAGCAGAUAACAUCUCUGCUAAAGGUCUCAUGCCAAAGACCACGUGAACAAGAGACAGAUAUUCUACAGAUAAUUCAACAAAGUGAUUAUGAGUGUAAUCCCUAUGCAAAGGAGUUUGGUAUCAGCAUAGACAGCAAGCUUGCAUCAGUUGAGGCUCGGGUUCUUCCUGCUCCAUGGUUGAAAUAUCACGACACUGGAAGAGAGAAAGAGCACUUGCCACAAGUUGGUCAGUGGAAUAUGAUGAACAAGAAAGUUAUAAAUGGAAGCACCGUACGAUAUUGGGCAUGUAUCAAUUUCUCACGAAGUGUCCAAGAAAGUACAGCUCGUGGAUUUUGCCAACAAUUAGUUCAGAUGUGCCAAAUAUCAGGCAUGGAAUUUAGCCAGGACCCUGUGAUUCCUAUAUAUUCAGCAAAACCUGAUCUGGUAAAGAAGGCCUUGAAGUAUGUACAUUCUGCUGACAAACUAGGUGGGAAAGAGCUAGAGUUGCUGAUUGCCAUUCUUCCAGAUAACAAUGGCUCUCUGUAUGGUGAUCUCAAAAGAAUCUGCGAAACAGAUUUGGGGUUGAUUUCUCAAUGCUGUCUUACAAAACACGUAUUCAAGAUUAAUAGACAGUAUUUGGCAAAUGUGGCACUAAAGAUCAAUGUCAAGAUGGGAGGAAGGAACACAGUACUUUUGGAUGCUCUAAGUUGGAGGAUCCCAUUGGUUAGUGACAUUCCAACAAUAAUUUUUGGAGCUGAUGUAACUCAUCCAGAAUCUGGAGAGGACCCUUGUCCAUCCAUUGCUGCUGUUGUAGCCUCCCAGGACUGGCCGGAAGUAACAAAGUAUGCAGGAUUGGUGUGUGCUCAGCCUCAUCGCGAAGAACUCAUUCAAGAUCUUUUCAAAUGUUGGAAGGAUCCUCAUCAUGGUAUAGUGUAUGGUGGCAUGAUCAGAGAGCUCUUACUCUCAUUCAAAAAGGCAACCGGACAAAAACCAUUGAGGAUAAUUUUUUACAGGGAUGGGGUAAGUGAAGGACAGUUCUACCAGGUUUUGCUAUAUGAGCUUGAUGCCAUCCGUAAGGCUUGUGCAUCUUUGGAAACUAGUUACCAACCUCCAGUAACAUUUGUUGUGGUUCAAAAGCGGCACCACACUAGGCUCUUCUCAAACAAUCAUGACGACAGAAACAGUACUGAUAAGAGCGGGAAUAUUUUACCUGGUACUGUGGUGGAUUCUAAGAUCUGUCAUCCUACUGAAUUCGACUUCUAUUUAUGCAGUCAUGCAGGAAUUCAGGGUACAAGUAGACCAGCACAUUAUCAUGUUCUAUGGGACGAGAACAAUUUCACUGCAGAUGAGAUUCAGUCUUUGACUAACAACUUAUGCUACACCUAUGCAAGAUGUACACGAUCUGUUUCUGUUGUGCCUCCUGCGUACUAUGCUCAUCUAGCAGCUUACAGAGCUCGUUUCUACGUGGAACCUGACGUACCUGAGAUUGCUAAAUCGCGAGGUGCAAGAUCAAAAGAUGAGUCUGUUCGGCCACUACCAGCUCUGAAAGAGAAGGUGAAGAAUGUAAUGUUUUACUGUUGAAUGAGGCGCAAUGGAG